AUGCCGGCGGGGCCGGAGCUGCCCGCUUUGGCAGAUUUGCUGGAGCAGCUGGAUGAGGAGGAGCGCAAAGAGGAGGCGAGCCGCACCAAGCCGCUCGUACUGCACGAUGGGCGAGCUGAAAGCGAUGCCGAUGUGAGUGGAUGCGUUCGGCUGCUGCUCAAUGCUGCAAGUAUCGACGUGGCACAGGCUAUUGUCUUCUGUGGGCUUCCCGUACUGGUGCACCCUCUCCUAAGAAGCCUCUUCUUCGACGAUUCGCUGGAGGAGGCCAUCCAGCAGGUGGAGGGGAGGAUCGGCCAAGUCUCUCCAGCCAAGCUUCUGCAGGAGCUCGAAGACACCGAGCCGAGCAUCCUUUCACGUGGCAAGGAGCUCUCCGAGGGAAAGCUGGCUCAGGAGGUGGCGGCACGGCUGGAGCUGAUCGAAAAGCAGUUGGCCCUCUCGAUACUGGGACUUGGCCAGUCGGCCGACAGCGCAUCCAUCACCAGGGCUUUCAAAAGACGAGCCGUGGAGCUGCAUCCAGACAAAGGGGGCGACCUCGAGGAGUUUCAGCUCCUGCAGCAGAUGAAAGAUGUGCUGCUGGGCGCGAAGGUGCCGGCCAUUGAGCAGGAUGCUGACGGUGGCAGUGCGGCGCCAAAAGACGACGUCAAAGAAACGUCUGGCGACUCUCAAGACACUGACGACGAGAUCGACAAGUUGCUGGGGAAUCCAGGUGCAGAAGCAGCGGGCGAGCCUGCCCGAAGCCGCAAAAGCCGCAAAGCCGAGCUCCAGGCGAACCGCGUCAAGCUACACCAAGCUGUCACCAUGGCCUGGUCUCGCUGUGGAAGGCUCUGCUCGCAGCUGUCCACCUACAAACAGGCAAGUCAAGGCCAGCCUCGUGAAAUUCUGGCGUCUUUGGAAGAAUUCCUGGACGCGAUCGAGGAGAGUGACGAUGAUCUUCGGUUUGCACCCGAUGGCACGCGCUUGGGCCUGCUGGUUGUGCGAGGUGCAGAGUGCUUGAGCGCGGCCGCCGUGGUGGAUCCAGAGGCAACUGUUUCCACGCUGGUGAAAAGCCGCCAUGUGGUCGAGAUCGAGAAGCACGAGAGAUGGCCUCUAUUGACGGAAGCCAUGAAAAAGCUCCCAUCGCAGGUGGACGCUUUCCUCGUCGCGACCCGCCAACUUGGCCUUCCAGGUGCCGCCAUGGCGAAGUCUGCAGCACAGGCUGAACCCAGAUCCUCGGUGCUCAUGCCCCGAGAAUCUGCUUUGCAAGCCGAGGGGCCCUCUACAGCUGCUGUAGCUAGCGCGGCAGCGCAAACGCCAGCGACCUGCCAACGGGGAUGUGUUUGCACCAAGUGUCUGCGUCGUCGAUGGGGCUUCCAGAAAGCAGCAUCGCGUGGCACCAAUGAAGGGUAUAGAGGAUGUUAG